CAAUCUUCUCAAGACUGUGUGUGGGGAAGAGAGAGAGAGGGAGAGAGAGAGUCGUAUUAAAUUGUAAUGGGCCUGUCUUAGAGCCAGAUUUUAUUUAUCAUUUAUCUUCUCCCUCUGAUCUUCCAUCUCAGAAAAUCCAAACCCUUCAAAUGCCGACAUAACCUCCAUUUCUGGAUCUUCUGAUUUACUCGCAUAAUACCCGGAACUAGCGAGAGUAAUCCCCCCCCCUUUAUUAGUUGGUUUCUUCUACUGUUUCGAUCUUGACCUCGAGUCUCUGCAGAAAUGAGAGACGUAAUCUCUUGUUUCAGGGAGAACGCUGUCAAUGUGUCUCCUUAUUCUUCAUGUUCUAGCUUCUCUAACAACGCUUGUAUCUCUCCCAGUCUCAUACCUUCGAUCCAGAACUCAGUCUCUUGCGUCUACAAAAUCACCCUCUGUACGCAAAAGCAGCUUUUAAUCACAAUCACAUGGAUUAAAAACCAUUCCAAUCAAGGACUCUCUGUUAACUUCAACGAUGACGACCCCGCGACAGCAAUUUUCAGACUCAACACCAAUUCCAGGUUCUUCAGGAAGAAAAAAGGCAGCAAAUUUCUGGAAUCUGGAGACUCAAAGAUCGAGCUUUUCUGGGAUCUUUCAAAUGCCAAGUACGAUUCUGCCCCUGAACCUCUUGAUGGCUACUAUCUUCUAAUCCUCGUUGAUUCAGAAAUAGCUCUAAUUCUGGGUGACACGGCCGAAGAAAUUGUGACUAAGAAGUUCAUAGCCAGUACUCCGAUGGCCAAAUCGUCACUGAUUUCUCGUCGAGAGCAUUGUUCAGGAAAUACCCUUUACACGACGAGGACACAUUUCUGCGAAACUGGGGGUUCUCACGAGAUUUUUAUAAGAUGCAGCGGAGAGAACGAAGGGUUGAAGAAUGUGAAGGGUCCAGUUCUAACGGUCUGUAUUGAUAAGAAGACGGUGAUAAAAGUGAAGAGGCUACAAUGGAAUUUCAGGGGAAACCAGACGAUUUUCAUUGAUGGGCUGCUCGUGGAUUUGCUUUGGGAUGUUCAUGACUGGUUUUUCAAUUCAUCGUCGUCUUCUUCUGGGUGUGCAGUGUUCAUGUUCAGAACUAGGAGUGCGUUGGAUAGCAGAUUGUGGUUGGAGGAGGAGAAUGUUCAGAAAGAGAAAGACAGAGUCGACUUCUCCUUGUUGAUAUAUGCCUGCACACUUGAUUCUUUGUCACCAUAGGAAAGAGAGAGAAGAACAUUUGAAUUCCAACAGAACAAUGAGCUAUUUUAAGCCCUCUCUCUGUUUCUAUGGGUUAUUUUUCUGCCUGGACAGCGACACAAAUAAGAAAAUGCCGACAUUGUUUGAAAAGUGUCGAUCUUUUACAAUGCCCGAGAGUGUUUGUUUCUUGGGAUUGAGAUAGUAAUAUGACUGAAGGCGCGUGUCAUGAAUGAAUUAUCAGUAGUGUAUCGUGACCACAUUAAUCCGGGGCAAUGUCACUGAGGAAACUUGUUAUUUUUCCAUUUUUAUCAUUUGAUGAUUGGUCAUGAUCCAGUAGUGGUGGAGACAAGAACACGACAAGGUGAGAGUUUGAUUAGGGAAUAGAAGUGGGAUGGUGAUUAUAGGAGUUUGUAAAGAUUGAUGAAGAUGGAAGCGGCAAUUGAGAGGUGAUAUUGAAAUGCAGGAGGUUUGUCUUUAACGGGCACCGAGGUGGUCUAUUCUAUGUUGUGAGAUGCCACGACAUGUUUUUAUGACACUCGUGUGUCUAUGGUCCCUCCUAUCCUCACCUCCUCCUCACCCAAUAAACGCUCAUGGGAUCAACCACUCUCUCCUUCAUGGCAAAAAUAUAUCGAUGUGGUUUCCUUCUCCACUGAUCUGGCUCAGCAUUUGCGAGUUCGGUCAGGUCUGGGUCGGCGAUUAUGUUCUUCUCAGUUCGCCAUUUGCGUUUCAUCGUCGAUUUUUUUGUGGAUGUUUUCUCCGUUCUUUUCUGUUCAAGUUUGGAUGAAGGAACAAAGGAAGGGAGGAGGGAGGCAAUUUUGUUCCUUUUUUAAGGGCACUUUUGUCUUUCUAAUUUUUUAUUUAAGAAAAUAUCAAAAAUUAAUUUUAUUUCACCUUCCCCAGUCUCUGCAUGUCAUA